AUGGCGUCCUCUGGAGCCAGCCAGCAAGCCGUGAAGGCCGUUGCUGAGUUAGCUAAGCGAUUACGACCUUCGUUCGUUAACGGGAAGUGGCGCGGUGCUGAGAUUUCCGCGAAGAACCGCGCACGGCUGCGACGCGAAACUCUACUGGCUGGCGAAGAAUGGCGUUAUGACGCACCUCGGAAGGAGAUGAAUACCAAGAUGAAGGGUCACAAGCACGAUAAGGAGGCAGCAGUGAGGCAAGAGAAGAUCGCAGAGAACAUGGCCAAGAUGCCGGAGUUGCUCGAGCAAAUGAAGAGGCAAAAAAGAAGUCCCCAAAGCAGCAGUAAAGCUCGAUGGGAGGGUAACACCACAGCACAUCGUUGCAAAAUCAUAUCACAAUAA